CACACACGCACUUGACGACCGUUGCGCCACUACACAAUACAAACACCACAAAAUCUCCUCGAUCCAGCCAGUCAUCAGCCCGCAUUCUCUCUCGUCCACUGGUCAACAAAGCCAAAGGAGGAAAGAACGCCGUCAGAGAGAGCAGCGAGGAGUGCUUCUCCGUCGCCGACGCCGUCGCCGCCGCGCCCAUGGGGUGCAUCUCGUCCAAGCUCCUCCCGCCCGGGCCCGGAGGCCGCACCGGCGCCGCGCGCGCCACCGUGCGCGGCCGUGUGGACCACGUCGUCUCCCUCACCUCCACCACCUACGGCGUCCUCGACCUGCAGGCCAAGCACGGCGCCACCGCCACGGCUGGAGCCAAGGACCUGCCGUUGCCGCAGGAGCAGGAGAAGCCGAUAAGCCGGGAGUGGAAGCGCGCGUCCGCCAGGCGCCCGCCGCCCCUCGUCGUCCCGGACGCCAAGAAGCCGGCUCCGGCGCCCAAGCCGGAGUCCGGCAUGGAGGUGAUCAACGCGUGGGAGAUCAUGGACGGGCUGGAGGACGCCGAUUCGCCUGCCAAGAAGCCGGCCAAGCCCGGCCGUUGGUCUCCCGCCAGGGUCCUCGCCAUGGCCCUGUCGUCGCCCAAGAGGUCGUCGACGAAGCGGAGGAACACGCCGGGGAAGGAGAACAGCCCGCUGCAGCGUUGCUCCGGGAAGGAGAACAGCAAGCCCAGCGACGUCGCCGACGAGGACAGGGUCCUCCGCCCGUACAACUCCAUCGACAACUCCAAGCUGUCCAGGGCGUCCAAGAGAUUCUCCCCGGGAAGCGCCCGGGUCGCUCGGAAGCCCAACGCGGCCGAGACCGGAGGCAUGUCGUCGUCGCGCCGGAGCCUGAGCCCGCUGUUCGACCCGGAGCUCCUCGCGUCCAUCGAGCGGGAGCUGUCGGAGGAAGGCGCGCACAUCAAGCGAGUGAUUGGGUCCGAGAAGCCCAAGCAGCCGAAGGUGAUUCCGGCGAUCGUGGCGGAGGGCAAGUGCCCGCCCGGCGGCGCGGACGCGGUCGUGCUCUACACCACCACCUUGCGCGGCAUCCGCAAGACGUUCGAGGACUGCAACGCGGUGCGCGCCGUGAUCGAGGCCCACGACGUGAAGGUCAUCGAGCGGGACGUGUCCAUGGACUCGGGCUACCGGGAGGAGCUGCGGCUGCUGCUGGGCGGGCGGGAGCUGCGCGUGCCCGCCGUGUUCGUCCGGGGCAAGCACGUGGGCGGCGCGGCCGAGGUGACGAGGAUGGAGGAGGAGGGGAAGCUCAAGGCGCUGCUCCAGGGGCUGCCGCGGGCGCGAGUCUGGUGCGCGGGGUGCGCCGGCGUGAGGUUCGUCAUGUGCAGGGGCUGCAACGGCAGCCGCAAGGUGCGCGUGGACGGCGAGCGGAAGGAGACGGUCCAGUGCGGCGAGUGCAACGAGAACGGCCUAGUCCGGUGCCCCAUCUGCUCGUGAUGAGGUUGGAUUGUUUGUUUGGUGUUACAUUGGGUUGAUUUGCUUGUCUACCCGUCGUAUGGUGUUUGGGCCUCAGAGGCUCUGAUUUUGCGAUGUUCUUGUUGCGCUCUGCAACCUGCUAAUUAAACACCUGUAAUGCGUACCCGUUCAUAUUGAUUCGUAUCUAAUUAAAUUGCUUUUCAUUCUUUCC